AUGUACUCUGUAGCUCUUUCUGGUCCAAGAAAUUUCAAGGGAUUGUCUUGUUUUUGCACAUUUUUGCGUCGUGUAUGUAGUCAAAGUUUUAUUGGUGAUGAUGUCGAAAUUGGGUCUGCGAGAGUAGAGGAUUUUCUUAAUGAAUCUUGGAAAAGUUCGGGUUCUGAGUACAAUGUGGACGAUGAAAAGACUGCAACUUUAUUUGAUUCAAUUGGUUAUUCGAUAGUUAAUGGUGAUUUUGAGGGCCAUUCUCAGUCAAACUUCUCAGGAAAACAGAAAUUCAUCGAUGAGGUGAGAAGUGAUGCUGCAAGAAUUCUUGAAAUUCUCCAUCAAGAUGGUCCUGGAUUCAACGUGAAAGCUAAUUUAAGUGAUUUAGGUAUAAGGGUUUCGGGUCUUCUUGUGAGAGAAGUUCUCUAUGGUAUCUUGAAAAAAAUAAAUUACAUAAACAAAAACAGGUGUGCAAAGCUAGGGUACAAGUUUUUUGUGUGGUCUGGCGAACAAGAGAACUACAGACACACGGCAAAUGCAUACCACUUGAUAAUGAAGAUAUUUGCGGAGUCAGAGGAAUAUAAGGCAAUGUGGAGAUUAGUUGAUGAUAUGAUUGAAAAAGGGUACCCAACUACUGCACGCACUUUCAAUAUAUUGAUAUGUACUUGUGGCGAGGCUGGAUUAGCUAGAAAAGUUGUAGAGAGAUUUAUAAAGUCAAAGACGUUUAAUUAUAGGCCGUUUACGAAUUCAUUUAAUGCAAUUUUACAUUCUCUUUUGACAAUUAAUCAGUACAGCUUGAUUGAGUGGGUGUAUCAGCAGAUGUUAGUAGAAGGUCUUUCCCCUGAUGUGUUGACUUAUAAUAUCAUUAUGUCUGCAAAGUUUAGGUUGGGGAAGCUAGAUCAGUUUCACAGAUUACUCGAUGAAAUGGGCAGGAAUGGAUUUUCCCCUGAUUUUCAUACAUUCAAUCUCCUUCUCCAUGUUCUUGGUAAAGGAGACAAGCCUCUGGCAGCAAUUAAUCUUUUGAAUCACAUGAAGGAAGUGGGUAUUCAUCCAAGCAUUCUCCACUUCACCACAUUGAUAGACGGGCUCAGUCGUGCUGGCAAUAUGGAUGCCUGCCAGUAUUUCUUCAAUGAAAUGAUAAAGCAUGGGUUCACGCCGGAUGUUGUCUGUUACACUGUCAUGAUAACAGGUUACGUUGUAUCAGCCGAGAUUGAUAAGGCUCAGGAGAUGUUUUCAGAGAUGAUCAGCAACGGGCAAUUACCAAAUGUGUUUACUUAUAAUUCCAUGAUCCGAGGGCUUUGUACGAUAGGGAAAUUUGAAGAGGCUCUCUUGAUGUUGAAAGAGAUGGAAUCAAAAGGCUGUAAUCCAAAUUUUCUUGUGUACAGUACGUUAGUCAGUUAUUUGCGGCAUGCAGGAAAGCUGUCUGAAGCUCACGAAAUUUCUACCGUGCUUUUGUGGCAAAUUGAAAAUGCAGCAGAUCAGCAAAGGCACUUAAAGGCAGUUAUUAAAGGUCUCGAGAUCUGUUUUUAUGUGGACAUUGACUCUCCUGUACAUCAUUUAUCAUUCCUAGAAGCUAACACAGUCGUGGAUAUUGACUCCAUUCUGUCCAGAUUGGGUCUAUCAGCCAAGGGAUCAGCCAGUUCUCAUAAAGUGGGUUUGAUUUCAGUUCGGAACCGUUGUUUAAAAGUUUGGAUGCACAAAAGGGGACUCGAUCACAAGCAACUUUGCAGACAACGGAGAACAGAACGGCAAUACCAGUCCCAGCAAUGCUCGCAGACAAUUGGGUUAGAAGCUGGGGUAGUUCAGGACCCGAUUUCUUCAAUAAAAAAAAAUUCGCAGUUUUUCCGUUGUGCUUCCUAUCGGCCAUUAUGGACAGAAGACUUUCAAAUGCAAAAAGGACUGUCAAGAGGUGCAGUUUUUUUUACAGUUUCAAGCACUGACUUCGCACUUGCUCCUCUUCUCCUUCUCUUGAAGAAAGGGACCAGCAUUGAUUGCUUACUCAACUUGCUUGUGCUCUGA